AUCCCAUUUCCAUAUUCUUCCUGUUUUCUGCGACAGAUCACAAUAAAAAUCACCCUCUUUCAGUUCAUUCAAACCCUGCCCCAUUCGGUUUCCUAAAGCCUUCGAGAUCAUGUCUCAGAAAUCGGCUUCUUCUUCGCUCUCACCAUUUCUGCCUCCGAGGUGUGUCGAUCUUGAAGGAACUGCCGCCCUUCCUCUUUCGGAUUAUCAUGCUAUUGAUCAGCAGUUACUCCACAAGAUUGCUUAUGACGCUCUCGUAUGGAGCUCGCUUCAUGGCCUUGUUACUGGUGACAAAUCUGUUGAGAGAUCAGGAAGCGUUCCUGGCGUGGGCUUGGUCCAUGCCCCGUUUACCUUGUUGCCGGCUUCUUUCCCCCAAAAUCAUUGGAAACAAGCAUGUGAGUUAGCCCCGCUAUUUAAUGAACUAGUUGAUAGAGUGAGUCAAGAUGGAGAAUUCCUACAGAACUCUCUCUCCGGAACUAAGAAAGUGGAUGAAUUUACCUCCAGACUUUUAGACAUUCAUUCCAAGAUGCUAGAGCUUAAUAAAAAAGAGGAAAUCCGCUUGGGGUUACAUCGUUCAGAUUAUAUGCUCGAUGAACAAUCCAAAUCACUUCUGCAAAUUGAACUGAACACUAUUUCAUCUUCCUUUGCUGGUCUUGGUGGACUUGUGACCGAGCUUCAUAAAAACAUACUUUCUCAUUAUGGAGAAUUGCUUGGUUUAAGUUCUGAAAGAAUUCCUGCCAAUACUGCUCGCAAUCAGUUUGCAGAAGCACUGGCUAAAGCUAAGUGUGAAUAUAAUGACCCUGGGGCUGUAAUAAUGUUUGUGGUUCAGGCUGAAGAACGGAACAUGUACGACCAGCAUUUGCUGUCCCUAGCAUUGAGAGAAAGACAUCGUAUUACAUCUGUGCGGAAAACAUUGGCUCAAAUUGAUCAAGAGGCUGAACUUCUACCUGAUGGAAAACUUUAUGUGGAUGGACAAGCUAUUGCAGUCAUUUACUUCAGGGCUGGGUAUACGCCACUUGACUAUCCUUCAGAAUCAGAAUGGAGAGCUAGGCUGCUAAUGGAAAAAUCUUCUGCCAUCAAAUGUCCAUCAAUAUCUUACCAUUUGGUCGGCACAAAGAAGAUUCAACAGGAACUUGCAAAACCCAAUGUUCUUGAGAGGUACCUGGAAAACAAAGAUGACAUUGUCAAACUGCGUAAAUGCUUUGCAGGAUUGUGGAGUCUGGAUGAAUCGGAUAUUACUAAAAGAGCAAUAGAAAGGCCAGAGUUAUUUGUAAUGAAGCCUCAGCGAGAAGGAGGAGGAAACAAUAUCUAUGGUGAUGCAGUGAGGGAAACCCUCCUAAAAUUGCAGAUAGCAGGGUCUCAAGAAGAUGCAGCUUACAUCCUUAUGCAGAGGAUAUUUCCAACAAAUUUUGCUACAUUUUUUAUGCGUAGUGGCUGUUGUCAUAAGGAUCAUGCCAUAUCAGAACUUGGAAUAUUUGGCACUUACUUAAGGAAUGGGGAUAAAGUUAUCGUGAAUGAACAAAGUGGUUAUUUGAUGCGUACAAAAAUAUCUUCAUCUGAUGAAGGUGGAGUUGCAGCUGGUUUCGCUGCUUUAGAUAGUGCAUAUCUGACUUGAUGUGUCUGGGAUUUUAAUGUCUCUGUCGACCACCAAAAACAGUCAAGUGGUGAUAGAACCAACUUGUCUAAUUUGAUUCUGUUACUAACAAUUGGCGCUCUUGGACAGGCCAACGACCUGUCUGAUAGAGCCAACAAGUUUGAUGAACUGUUCGAAUAUUGGAAUAUUUAUCAGAAGGCAGUUUGACGGGGACUUUGUAAGAGAAUUCUUCCUCGCCAAAUAACAGGAAUUUCUUUCGGACGAAUGGCAUCAGUAAUCAAAAGAAACUCUUAGCGCUCUUUGUAUUUGAUGCUUUCAGGGAGAUCAGGACUUGAGACAGAAAUUGUGUGGUAAUUUGCAAACACAGAGCGGAUAUGAUAAAUGACUCAUGGAUUGUGUAGAUUA